AUGACGAAGGCCACUUUCGUCGCAAGCAAGCUCGUGUUUGAAGACGAGGAGGACCCAGAGUAUCCGCCAGAAUUCAACGGUUAUGAUUAUGAUGAUUCGGAGGACGAAUUCGAAGACGGAGACCCGGCCGAGAAGCGACCCUUGUAUCGAUUCAACGCAGAAGAAAACAUCUGGGCCAGGCAUAUCGUUGACUCGACAAUUACUCCACACGCAAACCCAAAGCUAUUCGCAAUCGCAACUUGGAACGUAGAUUUUAGCAAAAACUUCUUGGCACCACGCCUUACAACAUGCUUAGAUCACCUACAAUCCCACAUAGAACCCCUCCUCGCCGAAGACCCUCCAAUCCCUACCAUCAUCCUAAUACAAGAACUGGACUGCAAUAUUUUCGAAACCCUACUUAAACACCCGUUCAUCCAGAAGCACUACGAUCUCACAAAUAUAUCUCCAGCAGCUUGGCGGCACUCAUAUGGGUCAGUAACUCUUGUACCCAGUUCCAUGCAAGUGACUUCGGCAUUUAGGUCGAUCUUUACAACAAGUCGCAUGGGUAGAGACGCGCUAUAUAUAGACAUUUCCUUCCCAGCCGACGACACGGAUGACGUCCAAGGCAACCCUGUUAAAGUUGUGCGUGUGGCAAAUGUCCAUCUUGAAUCGCUUGAUGGCCACGGAGACAUUGAAAGGCCAAGACAGUUGGCGAUCGUUGCCUCCCACCUAAACGAAACCGGCGUAUAUGGUGGAAUUGUCGGAGGGGAUAUGAAUCCGAUUGGCCCUCGUGAUGCUGCUGUGCCCGCAGAGUUGGGUUUCACCGACGGCUGGACGGCGUGUCACAGUCAACAAUUAGGCAGUGAAUCUGCAUCAACAGGGAAUGCGCCUGAAAACACUCGUGCUUCAAAGGUCGACCGCGGCAAUGAGGAAUCCCAUACGUGGGGAUACCAACCUCGGGGAAGGUUUCCCCCUUGUCGAAUGGAUAAAGUGCUCUCCAUCGGGAACGUGAAGGUAAGAACGAUAGAGAGAAUCGGAGUUGGCCUGAAAGUAGAUCCUAGCCUGGUGCAAGGACAAGGUUGGAUUUGGGCAAGUGACCAUUACGGUCUCCUGGCGAAGGUCGAAGUGGUUUAA